UGCCCUUUUCAUGGAAAAAUAGUUCCUCGGGAUGAAUCUGGAAACCCUGUGAACCAAGAGGACAGAGACAGAGAGGCAAAGAAGCAGUUUGAGAAAAAAGAACAUCAGCCAGAGUGGCAAGAUCCUGAAUUGAUGAGAGAAGUUGAAGCCGCUACCGGAGUUGACCUUGGAUCCUCCCAAUAUGACAGAAAAGGAAAAAGAGGAAAAAAGAAAGGGAAGGCAAAGAAGAAAUAUCCCAACUUGACAGACCUGAAGCAGGAGGCAAAUACAUCCCGUUCCCGCCUCGGGAAAAAGGUUUUCAACAAAACCUCAGUGAAGCGAGUGGUGAAAGCAAUGAAUCGAAUCGACCAAAGAAAACAUGAAAAAUUUGCAAAUCAGUUCAACUAUGCGCUGAACUAAUGUCAUCAAGAGCAGGACCAAGAAAACUCCAUGGUGGUUUUUAGUGCUCCAUCAGCCUAUACCAGUGUUUUUCAAACUUGGCAACUCUAAGAUG